AUGAAGGCUGCAAUGGACAAACUCAAGAAUUCUGUGGUGCCAACAAAGUCGCAGCUGAUUGGCGAGUCACUGGCUAGAUCCGUAAAAGCCGACCCAACGCAAAGGCUCUUUAAAAACCAUGCGAUUUUGUCGGCCCUCUGUGAUUGUUUCUGCAUGCACAUCCCGGUACAUUUCUCUUCAGAAGGAAAGGCCUACCUUUCACAUCGAGAGGUGAAACCUGGUGGUAUGGUAUGUAUUCUGGCAUGGCUCCAUAUGAUGUCGCAAAGGACAGAAGACUUGAACUCAACGCAGUUCGAGGCCGGGGGCUUUGUUAUUGGCGAAUCAUACGAAGAUGAGAUUAUCGGUGCCGUUAAGAAGCGUGGUCUAAACGAUGGCCAAGACGACAAGGCUGAUCCCAAAUCAAACGAUGCACAAUCUGGCAGUGGGAAUGCAAGAAAGAGAAGUGCUGCCGCUUGGGACCAGGGCACUGUAGAGUGUAUGGACGCAUCGGCAGAAGAGCGGAUGGAGCUCGAACAAGAACAUGCUGAGGCGAUGAGUACAUUUACGGCCUUCCAGAAUUUCUAUCGAUAUGGAGACCCACUCCCAGCGACGGAAGGCGUCAUGCGCACACUAGUGAAUCAGAAUAGGCUUGGUGAUGAGACACAUUACGACAGAUUGGCAAGUGCAGGACUAGGGAUAAGUAGCACCAAUGGCGUGUGA